AUGAUCAAGAAAUUCGUUAUACUGUUAUCUCUGGUUUUACUAUUCGUUAUGUACACUUGUGGUCAUAAUACAUCUGCUAUCAUUUCGUGCCAGCGUUGGGCUCGUGUUUACGAUUGUCCGUCAUACAAUUGCGCUCUGUUGAGUGUUGUCCAUGGGGACCGUGACUACUCAGGUGAAUGUUACGUGUUAAGAAAGCCCAGUAAAAACGCACCGAAGAGCAGUCUGCGCUGGUAUAAACUUAUUUUACGAAAUCAUCAACGUGGUUUCGGAUCAUCGGGACCACGAUUUUUUAGUCCCGGUCCCGGUUCCGGUCCCAUCGGGACUGAGACUGGUCUCGAUGAUCUCUAUCAAUGA